UCGUGCAACAGGCAAUUCUCGUAUAUUUUCAAUUUUACUUUUUACACGGCAUUAAGUAAUUUUGUUUUUUUUUUUUUAUCUUAUUCAAGAUUUUUUCAAUAGUUGCGCAACAAUUAUUAGAAAAAAGUUUUAUUUUUCAUUGUAAUUUUACAAUUGAUUUUCGUUUUUUUAUAAAAAUUCGAUAAUUUUAAUAUUUAAGAAUAAAAAAAAAGUCAUGGCAAAUAAUUUAACAAAUUGUCCGGUAUGUGGUGUUAAAGCGAGUUUAAAAUGUGGUGGAUGUAAAAAUGUUGUAUAUUGUGGUAAAGAACAUCAAAAAAUUCAUUGGAAAAAAGAGCAUAAAAAUAAUUGUAAAUGUUUUGAGAUAUCAUCUGAUCCAGUUUUGGGACGUUAUCUAAGAGCAACAAAAGAUAUCAAACAGGGUGAUGUCAUUUUAAGAGAGUCACCAUUAAUUUAUGGUCCAAAAAUUACUUCAUAUCCAAUGUGUUUAGGUUGUCAUAAAAUAUUACCGAUACCAUUAAAUUUAAAUGAUUUUUAUAAAUGCUCAAAAUGUACAUGGCCAUUAUGUGGACCGCAAUGUGAAAAAUCACCACAACACAUAGAAGAAUGUAAAGUUAUGCAUGAAAAGAAAUUUAUAAGUACUAUAACAGCAUCAAAAACACCAAAAAAAGAAUCAGCAUAUUGUACAAUUUUACCAUUAAGAUGUAUAAUGAUGAAAAAAUUAAAUCCAAAUGGAUAUAAACAAUUCACAUCUUUACAAGAUCAUUUAGAAGAAAGAAUAAAUACACCACUAUAUAAAAUAUUAAAAUCAAAUUUAGUAACAUUUGUUAAAACAAUAUUAAAUUUACAAGAUUCAGAUGAAAAUGAAAUAUUAAAAACUGCUGCAAUAUUAGAUACAAAUUCUUUUGAAAUUAGACAACCAAAAAAUAAUAUAAAAAUUCGUGCCUUGUAUCCAUCUUCAGCAAUGAUUUCACAUGAUUGUGUACCAAAUACAAAACAUAUUUUUGAUGAUGAUUUGAAUAUCAUAUUUUUGGCUACUGUAGAUAUACCAAAAGGUGGUACAAUAUGUACAUCAUAUACUCAACCAUUAAAGAGUACAUUAUUAAGGCAAGAACAUUUAAGACAAGCUAAAUGUUUUGAUUGUACAUGUAAAAGAUGUAUGGAUCCAACAGAACUUGGUACAUAUUGUGGAGCAAUUUUAUGUUCUAAAUGUAAAGUGGGUAAAAUUAUCUCAACUAAUACAUCUGAUAAAAAUGCCCCAUGGAAAUGUGAAUUGUGUCCACAUCAAAUUCCAGCUAAACAAAUAGCAUGGGGCAAUACAGCAAUACAAAAAGAAAUCGAAAAUUUAGAUAAAAAAUCACCAAAAGAUUUUGAAGAAUUUAUUGUAAAAUAUCAAGAUACUCUCCAUGAAAAAAAUACUCAUAUAUUGCAAAUUAAAUAUGCUCUCACUCAGCUAUAUGGAAAUGUUGAAAAAUUUCUACUUCAUGAAUUGAAUAGUGCCGCUGUUAAACGUAAAAUAGAUUUAUGCAUGGAACUCUUAGAUAUUGCAGAUAUUUUUGAUCCUGGUUUAAGUAAUUUUAGAGGAUUAUUGUUAUUAGAUUUGCAAGAAAUAAUGGCACUUCAAACUAAAAAUGAAUUUAAUGAGGGCCUGAUUACGAAAGAAGAUACUCAGGAGAAAUUAAUGGAAUCAAUGGCUCUUCUUCAAGAAGCUGUCAAUAUAUUAAAAGUUCAGCCAGAACUAGUCGACAUGUUACAAAACAAAGUGGAAAAUUUAUCAAAAUCAAUAGAAAUGAAUGAGUAAAUUUUAAAUUAUUUCCACAAUACCAAAUUAUUUUAUAUUAUAACGUAAAGUUUUGAUUUAUUUAUGAUUGAAUUUAAAAAUAGUUUUGUUUUCUAAAAGUUUCUAUUAAAUUUAUAACA